AUGGGUGCGAGGCCGGAGGUGGGCGGAUCUCUUGGACCUGAUAUUGGAAGAGUUAAACAAGAGGGGAAUGGCCCCAAGACCAAGCCCCAAAACCCAGCCCCAAGAACCAGCCCCAAGACCAAGCCCCAAGACCAAGCCCCAAAACCCAGCCCCAAGAACCAGCCCCAAGACCAAGCCCCAAGACCCAGCCCCAAGAACCAGCCCCAAGACCAAGCCCCAAGACCAAGCCCCAAAACCCAGCCCCAAGAACCAGCCCCAAGACCAAGCCCCAAGACCAAGCCCCAAGACCAAGCCCCAAAACCCAGCCCCAAGAACCAGCCCCAAGACCAAGCCCCAAGACCAAGCCCCAAAACCCAGCCCCAAAACCCAGCCCCAAGAACCAGCCCCAAGACCAAGCCCCAAGACCAAGCCCCAAGACCAAGCCCCAAGAACCAGCCCCAAGACCAAGCCCCAAGACCCAGCCCCAAGAACCAGCCCCAAGACCAAGCCCCAAGACCAAGCCCCAAAACCCAGCCCCAAGAACCAGCCCCAAGACCAAGCCCCAAGACCAAGCCCCAAGACCAAGCCCCAAAACCCAGCCCCAAGAACCAGCCCCAAGACCAAGCCCCAAGACCAAGCCCCAAAACCCAGCCCCAAAACCCAGCCCCAAGAACCAGCCCCAAGACCAAGCCCCAAGACCAAGCCCCAAGACCAAGCCCCAAGAACCAGCCCCAAGACCAAGCCCCAAGACCCAGCCCCAAGAACCAGCCCCAAGACCAAGCCCCAAGACCCAGCCCCAAGACCCAGCCCCAAAACCCAGCCCCAAGAACCAGCCCCAAGAACCAGCCCCAAGACCAAGCCCCAAGACCAAGCCCCAAGACCAAGCCCCAAGAACCAGCCCCAAGACCAAGCCCCAAGACCCAGCCCCAAGAACCAGCCCCAAGACCAAGCUCCAAGACCCAGCCCCAAGACCCAGCCCCAAAACCCAGCCCCAAGAACCAGCCCCAAGAACCAGCCCCAAGACCAAGCCCCAAGACCAAGCCCCAAGACCCAACCCCAAGAACCAGCCCCAAGACCAAGCCCCAAGACCAAGCCCCAAGACCCAGCCCCAAGAACCAGCCCCAAGACCCAGCCCCAAGACCAAGCCCCAAGACCCAGCCCCAAAACCCAGCCCCAAGAACCAGCCCCAAGACCCAGCCCCAAGACCGAGCUCCAAGAACCAUCCCCAAGACUAAUUUCAUGCAUUUGCUGAAGCGACACUACAGCAGUGAGACUGGACCCUACAGCAGUGAGACUGGACCCUACAGCAGUGAGACUGGACCCAACAGCAGUGAGACUGGACCCUACAGCAGUGAGACUGGACCCAACAGCAGUGAGACUGGACCCUACAGCAGUGAGACUGGACCCUACAGCAGUGAGACUGGACCCUACAGCAGUGAGACUGGACCUACAGCAGUGAGACUAGACCUUACAGCAGUGAGACUGGACCCUACAGCAGUGAGACUAGACCCUACAGCAGUGAGACUGGACCCUACAGCAGUGAGACUAGACCUUACAGCAGUGAGACUAGACCCUACAGCAGUGAGACUGGACCCUACAGCAGUGAGACUAGACCUUACAGCAGUGAGACUAGACCCUACAGCAGUGAGACUGGACCCAACAGCAGUGAGACUAGACCCUACAGCAGUGAGACUGGACCCUACAGUAGUAAGUCUGGACCCUACAGCAGUGAGACUGGACCCAACAGCAGUGAGAGUAGACCCUACAGCAGUGAGACUAGACCCUAGUAAGUCUGGACCCUACAGCAGUGAGACUGGACCCAACAGCAGUGAGACUAGACCUUACAGCAGUGAGACUGGACCCUACAGCAGUGAGACUGGACCCUACAGCACAGUGAGACUAGACCCUACAGCAGUGAGACUGGACCUUAAAGCAGUGAGACUGGACCCUACAGCAGUGAGACUGGACCCUACAGCAGUGAGACUGGACCCUACAGCAGUGAGACUAGACCUUACAGCAGUGAGACUAGACCCUACAGCAGUGAGACUGGACCCUACAGCAGUGAGACUGGACCCUACAGUAGUAAGUCUGGACCCUACAGCAGUGAGACUGGACCCAACAGCAGUGAGACUAGACCUUACAGCAGUGAGACUGGACCCAACAGCAGUGAGACUGGACCCUACAGCAGUGAGACUGGACCCAACAGCAGUGAGACUGGACCCUACAGCAGUGAGACUGGACCCUACAGCAGUGAGACUGGACCCUACAGCAGUGAGACGGACCUACAGCAGUGAGACUAGACCUUACAGCAGUGAGACUGGACCCUACAGCAGUGAGACUAGACCCUACAGCAGUGAGACUGGACCCUACAGCAGUGAGACUAGACCUUACAGCAGUGAGACUAGACCCUACAGCAGUGAGACUGGACCCUACAGCAGUGAGACUAGACCUUACAGCAGUGAGACUAGACCCUACAGCAGUGAGACUGGACCCAACAGCAGUGAGACUAGACCCUACAGCAGUGAGACUGGACCCUACAGUAGUAAGUCUGGACCCUACAGCAGUGAGACUGGACCCAACAGCAGUGAGAGUAGACCCUACAGCAGUGAGACUAGACCCUAUGAGACUGGACCCUACAGCAGUGAGACUGGACCCUACAGCAGUGAGACUAGACCCUACAGCAGUGAGACUGGACCCUACAGCAGUGAGACUAGACCUUACAGCAGUGAGACUAGACCCUACAGCAGUGAGACUGGACCCUACAGCAGUGAGACUGGACCCUACAGUAGUAAGUCUGGACCCUACAGCAGUGAGACUGGACCCAACAGCAGUGAGACUAGACCUUACAGCAGUGAGACUGGACCCUACAGCAGUGAGACUGGACCCUACAGCAGUGAGACUGGACCCUACAGUAGUAAGUCUGGACCCUACAGCAGUGAGACUGGACCCAACAGCAGUGAGACUAGACCCUACAGUGAGACUGGAUCCUACAGCAGUGAGACUGGACCCUACAGCAGUGAGACUAGAUCCUACAGCAGUGAGACUGGACCCUACAGCAGUGAGACUGGACCCUACAGCAGUGAGACUAGACCCCACAACAGUGAGACUAGACCCUACAGCAGUGAGACUGGACCCUACAGCAGUGAGACUAGACCCCACAACAGUGAGACUAGACCCUACAGCAGUGAGACUAGAUCCUACAGCAGUGAGACUGGACCCUACAGCAGUGAGACUGGACCCUACAGCAGUGAGACUAGACCCCACAACAGUGAGACUAGACCCUACAGCAGUGAGACUAGACCCUACAGCAGUGAGACUGGACCCUACAGCAGUGAGACUAGACCCUACAGCAGUGAGACUGGACCCUACAGCAGUGAGACUAGAUCCUACAGCAGUGAGACUGGACCCUACAGCAGUGAGACUAGACCCUACAGCACUGAGACUAGACCCCACAACAGUGAGACUAGACCCUACAGCAGUGAGACCAGAUCCUUCUGCGCUGAGUCCGGUUUGUAA